CCUGGUCUUAUCUUCAGGUUGAAGAUCGGAGCUAAGAGCAAGAAGGAUCCUCAUAUUCGUGUAGGAGGUGGGCAGGAGGACGGGGUUAAAGCUGCCAAGGCUAGGAUUACUGAGGUCCUGGAUACUAGGGUUAACAGUCGUGUGACCAUGAAGAUGGAUGUGAGCUAUACUGACCACUCACAUAUUAUUGGGAAGGGAGGCAACACUAUUCGCAGAGUUAUGUCUGAUACUAACUGCCACAUUCACUUCCCGGACAGCAACAGGAGCAAUCCCAACGAGAAGUCUAAUCAGGUUUCUAUUGCUGGUGAGAUGGCUGGGGUUGAGAGAGCUAGAGCUCGUGUUCGUGAACUCACUCCUCUCAUUUUCCAGUUUGAUCUCGCAAUAGUUCCCAGCUUUCAUUCUAUUCCGGAUCCUAACAACCAAUACCUCAGGGCAAUCCAGGAUCAGUACAAUAUCCAGAUUUCCUUUAGACAAAAGCAGAAGAAUUUCCACACCACAACCGUGGUCAUAAAGGGUUGUGAGUUAGAAGCCAGCAGGGUUAAAGAGGCAACGCUGCUUCUUAUGGACCAGCUCUCUCCAAACAAUCCGGCAAGUGUAUCCGUAAAUAUGACUAUGGAGAUAUCCCCUGGCCAUCACAAUGUUGUUGUCGGGAAGGAGAGCAUCAAUCUCAGGGUGAUUAUGCAGCGCACUAAUACUACCAUCAUAUUCCCAGAUGCUGGAGAUCCAAAUAUACCUCCAAUAAGGAAGGGCAGCGUCACAAUCUCUGGCGCUAUCCACAAUGUUUACCUGGCUCGGCAGCUUCUUCUGGGAUCUCUUCCAAUUGUUAUGAUGUUUGAUCUGCCAGAGAAUAUUGAGAUCCAUGAGUCUAUGGUACAGAAACUUCAGGAAGCAAAUGAGGUGACCAUCACAAUUAAACCUAAAGCUCGUCAAACGAACAAGUCUGUAAUUAUCAAGUCCCAGGAAAGGAAUGUGGGAGGCAUGUACGUUGCCAGGCAUAAGCUGCUUGAUCUGGAGGGAGAGGAGGUGAAAGCUGAUGUUCCAGAAACCUACAAGGUUCCCCUGGUUGGAUCUAGCUCAAUGUUCCAUCUUGCUUCUCUCCCUGCCAAUAGAGGACCCUUCCUCUGCGCUACACCUCAGCUUCAGGCCCUCAGCUCUCCUCUCUCACCUAACUUCAUCCAUCCCUCCUGCUACACCCCGGUUACCCCCAACUUCCCCCCGGUGUCCCCCUGGCAGUUUCCUACCAACAAUUUACCACCUGUAACCCCUGAUAUGGGGAAAGUUGCGCCUACCUUUCCUUCUCUACAGGAGUACAUGAUGAUAAUGGGAUUGAAGCAGCAGCAGCAACAGCAGCAACAGCUUCUCCAUCAGCAGCAGUUGCAUCAACAGCAGCUGCUUGAGAAAGAGCAGCUGGAGCUAGAGAAAAAGCAAAGAUCAGCUUGGACUUCACCACCACAGCGCAGCAAUAGGAUGGGUCCUUCGUCAAGUGAUCUAGGAAGCAGUAUGCACUCCUCUCCUAUCCAUUCACCAAGGAACUCUAGUCCUGUCAAUCCAGGAGGAAAUCUGACCAACAAUCUUCAUAAAAUGGAGCUGACCUCCUCCUCUAGCUCUGGUAUUGUCACUGACCACAAUGUGUCUGACCUCUCAGCUAUCAUGGCAGAUUUCCCAGAUCUCUCCUGCACAGAUAGGAGGGCUCCUGGGUGUGAGAAGAAGGUUGCAGAGAUUGCUGAUUACGAGCAUGCCAGGAUUAUUGCUCAUCAGGCUAUACAACAGAAGCCGGGUGGAGAGGAGAGAAAACCCAAUCCUAGCUGGGCUGGAUUCGGAUUUUCCGCCAGUUUUCCUGAUGCUGUUUUACGGGAGCGUCGACAGACUGAAAAUAGGCUGAGACAGCGACCUGAUGUGUCUCACAUGGAAUGGAUUCAUAACAUGGCCCAAAUUAAGGAGGGUGAGGACAUUGAUCUCGAGCAGCUUCUUCUGUCACAGGGCUUGUCGAAGUAUUCUGAUGUAUUUCUACGGCAUGAGAUUGAUCUGAAAAUGUUCUCUUAUCUGACCGAGGAUGAACUGAAGGAAAUUGGGAUUAACGCCUUCGGGCCCAGAAAGAAGUUGCUAAUGCUCGGUGAGAAAAUCCGCGGUAAAACUCUGACCGGAAACUAAGAUUGCGGAUUUUUUAAAAGUUGUUCUGUCAGGAAAUUUAAGGACAGAUUUUGUAACGUUGGUGGUGGGUAUCUAGUCCAGCUAGACUAUUAUUUGUGAAUAGUAUGUAUCUAUAUGUAACACGCAUAAUACUCAUAACAAUUAAAAAUGCGUAAUGAACCCUAUGUCUGUACAGUUAUUAGUCGUGCAAUCAUUGGCUUUCAUAUUUAAAAUGUACCCUCCUGUUUCAUUCAAUCAGACUUUUAAUGAAACUUAUCCGAACCUUAGUCUUAUUCAUCCAACAUUACAUAUCUGAACAAAAAUUAAUUUUAAAAACUCAGUGAACCUUGUUCUCCCGAAAAUGACCAUUCCAGAACUUGGCAUUGAAAUAAUAUAAAAUGUUAAGAUGGGUAAAAUGAAAAAUGUUUUUUUGUUCAGUUAUAUCGUGAAGAUAAUUGUAUUACUAUUUUCCAUUUACUUUCUUUUUGACCAAAAAAAAUCAACAACACCCAAAUGAAAAGUUUUUGACACAUCAAGACUUAUGAAAUCUAUUUUGACCAUGGAACAACAAAAAGACUAAAAAGCAUAUUCAGGCAGUCUUUCACCAUCUUCUGUCUUAGUUAUAUUUUUAUAUGAUAAUUAAUCCUUUCGCCAUGAUAUUCAAUAUUUGAUGUACGUUGCGUUUAAACGCUAUUUUACCAAUUUGUUAAUUAUCUCGUCAAGGAAUGUUUUAUUUUCUCAACAAUUUGAUUUAAAUCCCCUUCAUUCUAAUCUAGUAAAUUAUUUCAUUUUAAAAUUUGAAUUGUCGAGGAAAUUUAACAUUUCUAGAACGAAUGCUGAUAUGGCUACAGACGGUUUCGUCUUCGUUCAAUAUUGUAAUUUCUACUUUUUUUAUGUUGUAAUUUUCUACUUUUUUUACAUCAAUAAAUUUGAUGUUUUCAGA